UUUAACAAACACAAGUAUAAAUUAACAAAGCUUAAAGUGCAAGAUAUUAAUAUUAUCAAUUAAAAUUCUAAGCUUAAGUAAAAAAAUACACAAUGCCAAUUUCAAGAAUUGCAAUUGGAAGUCCUUCUGAGUUUGGCAAAGCUGAUGCACUCAAAGCUGCACUAGCCGAGUUCAUUUCAAUGCUCAUUUUUGUGUUUGCAGGAGAAGGCUCUGGCAUGGCUUAUAAUAAGCUUACGGACAAUGGUGCAGCAACACCAGCUGGGUUGGUGGCUGCAUCACUAUCACACGCUUUUGCGCUUUUUGUUGCGGUUUCUGUUGGUGCUAACAUCUCUGGUGGACAUGUUAACCCUGCUGUUACUUUUGGUGCAUUCAUUGGUGGACAUAUUACACUUGUUAGAGGUGUUUUGUAUUGGAUUGCUCAGUUGCUUGGUUCUGUGGUUGCUUGCUUGCUCCUUAAAAUUGCCACUGGUGGAUUGGAAACGUCUGCAUUUUCAUUAUCUUCUGGAGUAGGAGCAACAAAUGCACUUGUGUUUGAGAUUGUGAUGACUUUUGGUUUAGUCUACACAGUGUAUGCAACUGCAAUAGAUCCAAAAAAUGGUAGUCUUGGAACAAUUGCUCCAAUUGCAAUUGGUUUCAUUGUUGGUGCCAACAUUUUGGCAGGUGGGGCUUUUGAUGGUGCUUCUAUGAACCCAGCAGUUUCUUUCGGGCCUGCUGUUGUUAGCUGGACUUGGGCUAAUCAUUGGGUUUAUUGGGUUGGGCCAUUGAUUGGUUCUGCUAUUGCUGCUGUUGUUUAUGAGAUUUUCUUCAUCACCCCUGGCUCUUAUGAACAAUUACCUGUCGCAGAUUAUUAAGUCCUAGAGUCAUGUUCUGUAAGAUUAUUUUGCUAAGUAAUGAUGAUCAUGUUUUAUAAUCUUCAAACAUGUAUCUGUCUCCGACUCCCUGAAUAUUUGCUUAUAAUUAUGUUAAAUGAAUGACCAGUUGUUAAGUACUCUAUAAGGGAGAUAAUACAUAUUGUAAGUUUUGUAUCAAUUGUAAUUGUUUUUAACUUAAUGCGAUGAAUCAACCAAACUUUU